AUGUCGCGGCUGGACGUGGAUGUGGACGUGGACGUGGUGGACGUGGACGUGGACGUGGACGUUGUCGUGGACGUGGACAUGGUGGACGUGGACGUGGUCGUGGACGUGGACGUGGACGUGGUCGCGGUCGUGGACGUGGACGUGGACGUGGUCGCGGACGUGGACGUGGACGUGGACGUGGUCGCGGACGUGGACGUGGUCGUGGACGUGGUCGUGGUCGUGGACGUGGACGUGGACGUGGUCGUGGACGUGGACGUGGACAUGGACGUGGUGGACGUGGACGUGGACGUGGACGUGGUGGUCGUGGACGUGGACGUGGACGUGGACCUGGACGCGGACGUGGACGUGAACGUGGACCUAGACGUGGACGUGGACGUGGACGUGGACGUGGACGUGGUGGACGUGGACGUGGACGUGGUCGUGGACGUGGUCGUCGACGUGGACGUGGAGGUGGACGUGGACGUGGUGGACGUGGACGUGGUGGACGUGGACGUGGAGGUGGACGUGGACGUGGUGGACGUGGACGUGGUCGUGGACGUGGACGUGGACGUGGACUUGGACGUGGACGUGGACGUGGGCGUGGACGUGGACCUGGAGGUGGACGUGGACGUGGACGUGGAUAUGGACGCGGACGUGGACGUGGACGCGGACGUGGACGUGGAUAUGGACGUGGACGUGGACGCGGACGCGGACGUGGUGGACGUGGACGUGGUCGUGGACGCGGACGCGGACAUGGUCGUGGACGCGGUCGUGGACGUGGACGCGGACGUGGACGGGGACGCGGUCGUGGACGCGGACGUAGACGUGGACGCGGACGUGGUCGUGGACAUGGUCGUGGACGUGGUGGACGUAGACGUGGACAUGGACGUGGACGUGGUGGAUGUAGACGUGGACGUGAUGGACGUGGUGGACGUGGACGUGGACGUGGUGGACGUGGACGUGGACGUGGAUGUGGUCGUGGACGUGGACGUGGACAUGGACGUCGACGUGGUGGACGUGGACGUGGACGUGGACGUGGACGUGGACUUGGACGUGGACGCGAUGGUGGACGUGGACUUGGACGUGGACGUGGACGUGGUCGUGGACGUGGACAUGGACGUGGAGCGGUCGUGGACGCGGACGUGGACGUGGACGCGGACGUGGAGCGGUCUUGGACGCGGACGUGGACGCGGACGUGGAGCGGUCGUGGACUCGGACGUGGACGUGGAUGUGGUGGAUGCGGUCGUGGACGUGGACGUGGUGGACGCGGUCGUGGACGUGGACGUGGACGUGGACGUGGUGGACGCGGUCGUGGACGUGGACGUAGACGUGGUGGACGUGGACGUGGACGUGGACGUGGUCGUGGACGUGCACGUGGUCGUGGACGUGGACGUGGACGUGGACGUGGACGGGGACGUGGACACGGUGGUGGACGCAGUGGUGGACACGGACGUGGACGUGGACGUGGUGGACGCAGUGGUGGACGCGGACGUGGACGUGGACGUGGUGGACGCGGUGGUGGACGUGGACGUGGACGUGGACGCGGUGGUGGACGCGGUCGUGGACGUGGACGCGGUCGUCGACGUGGACGUGGACGCGGUGGUGGACGUGGACGUGGACGUGGACGUGGAAGCGGUGGUGGACGUGGACGUGGUCGUGGACGUGGACGCGGACGUGGACGUGGACGUGGACGCGGUCGCAGACGCGGUCGUCGACAUGGUGGACGUGGACGUGGACGUGGUGGAUGUGGACGUGGACGUGGUGGACGUGGACGUGGUGGACGUGGACGCGGUCGUCGACGUGGUGGACGUGGAUGUGGAUGUGGUGGACGUGGUGGACGUGGACGUGGACGUGGUCGACGUGGACGUAGAGGAUGCAGACUUGGACGUGGACGACGUGGACGUGGACGUGGUGGACGUGGACGUGGACGUCGACGUCGACGUGGACGUGGUGAUGGACGUGGACGUGGACGUGGACGUGGACGUCGACGUGGACGCGGUGGUGGACGUGGACGUGGACGUCGACGUGGACGCGGACGAGGUGGUGGACGUGGACGUGGACGUGGACGCGGACGCAAAAUUUCAAGAACAAGGGCCUAGCGUGUGCAAAAUAGCAAGAACAAGGGCCUAG